CUCGGUCGGAUGGUAUGUCGUUUCGCGUCGCGUCAAGUUGGGUUUGAUGUUGUGCCGUGAAAAUGUGGUCGCCCGUCGUGAAACAGACCUUUGCCAGUAGAAUCUACAGUGCGACGAACCAUGACCGAAUCGUCUGAAGAUGGCAACUAUCUGGUGCGCGUGCGCGCUCAGGUGAUGUCGCGCGACGACUCGUCCGGCGGCUGGGUACCGCUGGGCGGCGGCGGUCUCAGCAACGUGUCGGUGCGCAAGCGGCCGCGGCCGCAGGGCUCCGCGCCCGGUCCCCCCGACAAGCCCAAGCACGACUACCUCAUCUACGGCAAGCGGAUCAGCGACAAUUCGGUGGUGCUCAGCUGCACCAUCAAGAAGGAUUUCGAGUACAACAAGGUGAUGCCGACGUUCCACCAUUGGCGCACGGGCGACAAGAAGUUCGGGUUGACGUUUCACACGGCGGCCGACGCCAGGGCGUUCGACAAGGGCGUGCGCACGGCGAUCGAGGACCUGCUGGACGGAUUCCUGCACGGUUUCACCGACACGUCCCCGACGGCGCCGCUGCCCAAGUGUCCGCACGACGUAGGCGACGACGACGUCUUUAUGACGCUCGACCUGCCGCAGGACCCGAAGGACUCGCGCAGCAGCACCGACUCGAACAGUAGCGGCAGGAGCGACCACAAGCGCAGGAUCGCGUACGUCACGCGCGACAAGCAGCCCCCGGACCCGUCCCGCCACCACCCCGUCUACGACGCGCAGAAGGGCGAGAACUACCCGUACGUGCAGCUAACCGCCGUCCACGACUACCUGUACCCGUCGGACGAGCAGCAGCACAAACAACCGCCCCCGCCGCCCCACUACCUGAGGCGAGUGUGCGAGUCCCCGUGCGAUCUCAAGAAAGCGCCGCCUGCGGCGGCGGCGGGUCUCAUGACGCCACCUCCGCGCCACCCGCCCCUCCCCGUCAAGCAGGCGAUCAAGAAGGCGCCGCAGAGGUGCCGGCACUGCAACGAGGUCUUCUCGCAGGAGAGAAACUCCCGAGGUUCGUGCGAGUACGGGCCCGACCCGGUGGCGAACGCCAUCGACACAGUGACGUGCAUGUCGUGCCUCCAGUGCGCGAUGUACCACUGCGCGGCCGACGCCGAGGGCGAUUACGCGGGACCCGCGUGCCCGUGCGCGGCGGCAGGGCGCCGCGAAGCCGACCGCGGCGACGACGACGCCUGCCGCUGGCUCGGUUUCGCGUUCUUCGCCCUCCUCGUGCCGUGCCUAUGGCUGUACCCACCGUUGAAGAUGUGCCACUGGUGCGGCACCCGUUGCGGCAUGUGCGGCGGCCGCCACAAGGCCGCCGUGGGGGCGGCGGACAAAUGAACGCCCCCCCCACCCGCCCGGUGACGCGAGUGAACCACUACCACCUUGCCGCCGGUACGGACGAACUACCGCGAGUGUUCGGCGGCGGGGUAGGUCAAACGUACCGUAGCCGGCCCCUUUUCGCGUAAUAUUUAUUGAUUUGAUUUUUUUUUUCGAUAGGGUUGAAACGACUGUGAUUUUAAUGAUAAGCAUAAUUUUUUUUUCAUCCCCUCCCCCCGACCCCAUUCUUCGAUGAACGGUGCUCAACGCGGGCGAGUCGCUCCUACGCUUCCCCCACCCGCGCCUACGUGGACUAUCGUCCGCGUACUGCCAUUAUUUUUUUUUCCUCGGGUGGGGGGAGCGGCGCUCGGGAACACGCGAAAGUGUACAUACAUACCGUAUCGACAAUACAGCCAUCCCCCGCCCCUCGCUUAGGCCGUCGAAAGAAACGGCACUACCGCACCGCGAUUGUACAUAAACGGUACGAGAGCGACGUUAGAAACGGAGCCUCGUCCGAGCCGUGUUUUUGUGUGUUUCUACUCGUCGGGGAAAAUAUGGCGCGUUUUCCGGCGUAAACUGGCGCCCGGCGCCCGUCCAAGGGCUCUGGACCGGCACGGAGGCCGCGAUCCGCACGUUAAACGAACCAAAACCCACGUCGCAAAUGAACCCGUAGGUUAGUCAAUAUAAAUCCAACAGUUGAAUGUUAAAUUGUAUUUUGAUUUGUAAAUAAAGUAAAUGUUUAUUAUAA